AUGACUUGUAAGUGGUCAAAAGCAACAUUUUCGAAGCAUAUUAAGAAUCACAACAACACCAAUAACAUGUCUGAAUCCUUCAAUUCAUGGGUGGCAGAAGCAAGAAACAAGCCUGUAGUGGAUCUUAUCGACAUGAUAAGAGGUAUGAUGAUGGAACAACGCUCUCAGCGGAAGUUAAACUCUUAUUCUUGGAAGGGGCCUCUAGUUCCAUUUGUAGAAGAUUACAUUAGAGAAAUUACAACAAGGAAAGAUAGUUUCAUUAUACGACAAUCUACUUCAACCAUAGCUGAGGUUGAAUCCAGCUUUGAGCGUCAUGAGGUCGACAUAGACAACCACUUAUGCAGUUGUGGAUUUUGGGAGUUAUCAGGAUUACCUUGUGUGCACGCCGCAGCAUUUGUUGGAACUAACCAUCAUACUAUAUGGCACACAUAUGUGAAUGAUAGCUAUCAUGUUAACAGGUACCGAAUGGCUUAUGAUGGAGCCAUUUCAACACUUCCAGGGAAGGAACAAUGGUCUAUACCAAUUGAUGACAGCUUUGUUUGUCCACCUAUUACAAUAAGACCUCGUGGACGACCAAAGAAAAGACGCUUUAAGAACUUCUUGGAGGGUGCAAAUAAAUCCAAAAGAAGUCACAAAUGUGGUCGAUGCAAUUCUUGGGGACAUCAUAGAAGUACUUGCAAGGAACCAAUAACUUAUGAAGGAGAUGAUAUUCAGACUGGUUUCGCUUCAAAAUUACCCAUUCGGCGCUCCAAUUAUAAUUCUGAUCUUGAUUAA